AGAGAGAAUCAUCUGGGAGGAUCUGAAACAAGAACUCGAAGUCAACUGUUCAUUGACUAUAAAGCAACAAAAAUGACUGGAGCUGCUGUAUCUGUGUGCCUGCUUUUUCUCCUGUCUAUGUGUUCAGCGUGUUACAUCUCCAACUGUCCCAUCGGUGGGAAGAGGUCCAUCAUGGACGCACCAUUGCGCAAAUGCAUGUCGUGUGGUCCCGGAGACAGAGGCCGCUGCUUCGGCCCCAGUAUCUGCUGUGGGGAGGGCCUGGGCUGCCUGCUGGGCUCCCCAGAGACAGCUCACUGUGUGGAGGAGAACUACCUGCUCACCCCCUGCCAGGCAGGAGGGAGACCCUGUGGAUCUGAGGGAGGACGCUGUGCCGCUUCAGGACUCUGCUGUGAUGCAGAGAGUUGCACCACAGACCAAUCCUGCCUCAUCGAGGACGAAGGAGACGACCAAACCAGCCAGUUUGAAGGCAGUGACCCUGGUGACAUCAUCCUCAGGCUCCUGCAUUUGGUCGGUCACUCUUCUCCUCAUCGAAUCCACCAAUGAGCUGCUUCUGACUCCAAGGUCUCACGGGAAAUUGCCCAGCUGUAGAGAUGAAAUGGGACUUGUAGUUCUAGUUCAUAUCGUCGUAUUUCUAUGUUCGUCAUCAUCACUCUGAUUUUGCUCUUUCGCCUGGAGUGCUUCUGUAGAGUGCCUUUGUCAAUAUAUUUUUAUGUAUGAAAAUAGGGAUGAAUACUGAUAGUGGUCAUCCAGAUACCUGCAUGUUGAAAUAAAGUUUUGAGAGAGUAUAAAA